CUUUGGACUGAGUGCCGGUGAUCCAGCUGGGAUGUUGUUGCUCUGUUGCUCUGUUGUCAGUGAUGUGAGGCGACAUUAAGGAGCUGGUGAAAGGAAUCCUGACACAUAUUCCUACAUGUUUGCAGUUACAUGUAUAGCUGCACUGUGUCCUAUAGACCAGUAGAAGUUGGCUUCCCGCCUGUUGAGAUGUGCCAAUAGGAAACACUUUGAACAGGGGUUCAUGCUGAUGAAAUUGAUCUGCUCAGUGAGCUCCAACCAGAGCCAUGGGGAGUACCCAGACUGCCGGAGUGAGAGGGAGUCAGGAGGGGAGGCAUCUCUCCUGGUGUCUCCGCUGGUGGUGGCGGGGAUCGUUAUAGGUCUAGUCCUCUUCCUCUCCUGCGUCACCAUCAUCGUCGGCAGCUUGCGCAAAGACAGUCGACUCCGAAACCCUCACCUUCGAGCAAGCUACGGACAAGAUGGUUUUUCUUAUGGAGGUUCAGCAGGUGAGCUGAGGUCCAGCUGCUUGGAAGACUUUCCUCCUGGUUUAGACUUUGACUCGUACAGAGAGACUCUGUCACAGAUAAACAGUGUGUACCCUGAUUCACCACCACGUUAUGAUGAGUGUGUUGGCCCAGGUUCGACUCAGAUCUACAUCCCUACAGAUGACCCGCCUCCUUACUCCUUGGUGGACCCCUGUCAAGGAGGGGCUGAGCCCGAGGAACAGCCUAGCUACACCCUUCCAGAUCCUUCUCCAUACUAUGGAGAGACCUCAGCCAGUGCUGCCUGGUUUCCCCCCUCCCACUACCCACUGGGACUGCAAGAGCAUGAGCAUCAACACAUUGCAUCCAUCUCCUUCCCGCUGGAGGCAGCUCCGCCUUAUGAGUCGGUGCUUGCAGAGCAGGGACAACCCCUCCCUCUCAUGCCAUGUGACCUUUAUAAACACCAAUCAGAGAGGGGGGAUGAUGGCAACUCCCAGCAACUCCCUGCGAACCAGAUCUCAUAGGACAGCUAAUUUGUUUCUCUCACCUGUUGGCUUGGUUGUCCCCAGCUGAAUUAAACAAACACUUGGGAUGUGGGGAAAAUAGCUUUUAGGAGCAGCUGUGACACCAAAAAGAUGUACACUUCUUCCACACAGUUGCAAGCACCUGAUGAGGCUGGACACUGGACUGCAGUACAGCCAAAGCUCCAGUUUCCAACCAUUUAAGUACUGUUUGUUUCUGGACAAACAGAAACAAAGAAACUCAACAACUGCAUUAAACUGCAAAGUUCCUGAAAUGGCAACUUCUCUCAAACUCUCUCCUCUAUGUUGUCUAGUUUAGUUUUUGCCAUGUUUUGACUGUUAUUGUCUUCUUCUUGAAGUAGGACUGAUACAUGAGUUGUGUGUCUUGUGUGGAGUUUAGUCUGAAAAACUGCUUAAAA